UCCCGACCCAAACAAAAUCAAGGAUGAUGCCAUUGCCUACCGAUACGUAAAAGAAUCAACUCUCCAACAACAUAUGAUUUCAUUUCACUUUUUCCACACCAAAGACCAAAACGGCAAUACCCAAAUAAUUCACUCUCCGCAGUCAUCAAUCAAACAGUAGCUGAGAGAAAGUUUCGAUUUUUUUUUUUCGCUCUCAUUUUCUCGGCCGCCAAACAACAAUCCGGGAAAAAAAAAGUUUCCAUUUUUCUUAAGAGUUUCGUCUUCAAUCUGCAAAACCCAGUUUUUAUUUUCUCGGCUAACCAAACGUACAUGGCGAGUGAAAGUGAAGCUCCUCGUCAGCUCCAUGUUUUCUUCUUCCCCUUCAUGGCGUAUGGCCACAUGAUUCCGACUCUGGACAUGGCGAAGCUUUUCGCAAGCAGAGGAAUCAAAUCGACGAUCCUCAUUACCCAUCCCAACGUUCCAAUCUUUCAGAAACCUGUCGAAGUUUUCAAGAACAAGAACCCUAAUGCAGAAAUCGGUAUCCGGGUCCUGGAUUUUCCUUGCACGGAGCUCGGAUUACCCCAAGGAUCCGAUAACGCCGAUUUCCUCGACUCUGCCGUCAUCGAGGACAUAUUCCCUAUCGUUCAGAAGCUUUUCUUCUCGACCAAGUUUCUCAAAAACCAGUUGGAGGAUCUCAUCGAAACAUUCAGACCGGACUGUCUGGUCGCCGACAUGUUCUUCCCCUGGGCCACGGAAGCUUCCAAGAAGUUUGGAGUGCCGAGACUUGUGUUCCACGGCACGUGCUACUUCUCUCUAUGCGUUUCGUAUUGCAUCAGGCUCCAUAAGCCACAGAAGAAUGUCGCUUCGAGCUCUGAGCCUUUUGUGAUCCCUCAUCUUCCUGGUGACAUUGUUAUCACAGCAGAUCAGGUCACGGAUAAUGACGAAGAUGAUGAGAUGGGGGAGUUUAUUACAGAGGUCAGGGACUCGGAGAAACUCCCCAUGAUUGAAGAGGAAGAAGAUGAAGAUGAAGACGAAGACGAAGAAGCUACUGAUGAAGGCAAAGAAGAUUCUUCUCCUCCAAGUUCAAGAACACGUAGAGAGGAAGAUGAACGUGAGGAGCUGUUGCAGCUACACAUGGAGAUGGAACGUGUGAAAGAAGAGAACACGAAGCUGAGAAAACUGGUAGACCAAAAGCUUCAAGAUUACCGUCAUCUCGAGAUGAAAUUCCCCGUUAUCGAUCAUACGGAUAACAAGGACCUUCCGAACUUUCUUGGACUGCAAGGCUUCCAUUCGCUCGGUACAGGUAGGGGAAGAAAGAGAAUACCGGAUGAGGAGGAGGAUGACGAAGGCCGAGGAGGUGAUUUAGGGCUUUCGCUUUCUCUGCAAUCAAACAGGAAAUUCGAAGAGGCCAGAGAUCUUAACGACCAUAGCAAUAAGAACAAGGAACCUUAUCAGAAACUAUACAACAGUAACCUUCUUCAGGCAGGGGACAACGCUUCACGUCUUGUCGCGUCUUCUCCUGCAAAUAGGAAGGCAAGAGUUUCUGUAAGAGCAAGAUGCGAGACUGCAACUAUGAAUGAUGGGUGUCAAUGGAGGAAGUACGGCCAAAAAACCGCUAAAGGAAAUCCAUGUCCACGAGCUUAUUACCGUUGCACGGUGGCUCCGGGAUGUCCGGUUAGAAAACAGGUACAAAGAUGCUUAGAGGACAUGUCGAUACUUAUAACAACGUACGAAGGAACACACAACCAUCCACUUCCUGUGGGAGCGACAGCAAUGGCUUCCACGACCUCCACGGCCUCCAAUUCACCAUUCUUGCUACUCGACUCAAGUGACUCUCUCUCAGAAGGAGGCUCUUCCACUUACACCAACCUCUCUCGUCUCUCUUCCUUUCCUCCUCCUCCGGCUCGGGUCAUCGAAUCUUCUUCUUCCUCUUUUUCUCCAUAUGGCGACCCGAACAUGAGGAGCUUGAAAUUCAGCGACCCGUCAAGGUCAAGAAACAGGCUGAGUUGGUUGAUGGGGAAGGCCGGAGAAGAGAAGAAGUCGUCGGAAAGUGUGAGUACCGCCAUUGUUUCUGAUCCCAAUUUUAGUGAAGCUGUCGCAGCAGCCAUCAGCUCUCUUGUCAACAAGGAAUGAUUUGGGUGGAAUGGACCAAUAGCAGUUUGUCUGUUAGUCAUUUACCUUCGGUCUGUCUAAAUUCUUUUUUUAUUUGCAUACAAAUAAACAGUCCAUUUUCUCAUUCUUUUCUUAAAUAAUAUAUGUAUAUACACACAUA